AUGACAAAUUCAACGCUACUGAAGUUAGGAAAUGCAAAAGCUGCAAUCAACAACAUCGUGACGUCAUUUUCGAGUUCGGAUAAUCUCGGGCAAUUCCGGAGCGUUCAAAUGAUCAGACGCUCGACUAACCGAAUUGAGACGGCUAUCUUCCACCUCCCACCCGAAGCAAGCAACGACAGUAGACAACGAGCAGUCAACAUCCUCCGCAAGGCUAAACAACCUAGCCAAAAUAUCAGCAGAGAAGAACGCUUGGCACUCCGGAAUUUGAGACAGAACAACAACAUUCUAAUUCUACCGGCGGAUAAAGGAAAUGCCACAGUAGUAAUAGACAAAAAAGUUUACUGUAAUAAGAUCAAUGUUAUGCUCUCGGAUUGCAGCGUUUAUGGAAAACUGAAACGGAACCCAACAUUCACCAUAGAGAAAAAAACAUCCGUUCUGCUCAAGAAUUCAGGCCUCCCUCCUGAAAUUAUCAAAUACCUUACUCCCCGGAAAUCGUCGGCUCCCAGAUUCUACGGCCUCCCCAAGAUUUACAAGGAAUCGGUCCCUUUUUGCCCUAUCAUCAGUAAUAUCGGAAGACCCUCCUACCAAUUGGCCCGCUACUUCACCAAACCACUUCAAAAACUUACUGGUCACAAUGGAUCUCACAUCAAGAAUUCUAUUGAUUUUGUGAACAAAAUUACAAAGAUCAAAACGACAACCAAUGACAUCCUGGUAAGUUUUGAUGCAGUUUCAUUGUUCACAAAUGUCCCGGUCCAUGAUACGUUGGACAUUAUCAAAAAGUCUGACAAACUGCCGGCCAACUUUGUCCCACUAAUAGAACAUUGCCUAACCUCGACCUAUUUCCAAUUUCAAGAAGAGUUCUUUGAACAAACCUCUGGAGUAGCAAUGGGAUACCCUGUUUUACCCAUUAUUGCGAACAUUUUCAUGGAACAUCUCGAAGACAAAAUUCUGAAAAACGCACCUCUCAAACCUUCCACGUGGACCGAUACAGCAGUUUCUGAACCAACGUUCCUAGAUGAGAAGUUACAACAUCUUAAUCAGACCUUGACUAGGAAUGGGUACAACAGCAAGAACAUUAAUCAGAUAACCAAGAGAUUGAAGAACAAGAUCUCCAGUCCCAACGACACCGAAAAUCUGGAUGAAGAAAGAGAAAAUAAAAUGACGGCUGUCCUUCCGUAUCUUCAACGUACAACAGAGCGCAUAGGCAGAAUUUUGAGUAAGCAUAACAUCAGAGUAAUCUUCAAACUCCAGAAGAAAAUUGCUCAAUUACUCCCUAACCCCAAGGAUCAAAGACCAAGCCUGGAAACACCAGGUGUGUACAAGAUACCUUGCGUCUGCGGAAAAGUAUACAUAGGAGAAACCGGGAGAAAGAUCAGUACACGGAACACCAGAGGUGUGCCAAAUACAGCCACUUUUCACAAUCAGCCUUGGCGGAACAUUGGAUGGAGACUGGACAUGCCGUGCAGUAUGAUAAGUCUACCAUGUUGGCCCCGUCACAAGGCUACUUUGCUAGAAAAUAUCGAGAAGGUCUGGAAAUCUUGA